AUGCGCCGCGCGGGCGCCGCUCCCGACGCCUCCACCUUCACCUUCGUCCUCAAGUCUUGCUCCCGCUGCCAUUCGCCUGGUCGGUUGCCUUCUGACCUCCACGCUCAGGCGUUCAAGCACGGUUGCCUCGGCGCGCGGAGCGAGCACGCUCAUGUCCAGAAUGCUUUGCUGCACGAGUACGCGUCUCGGUCCGCCGUCGACGACGCCCGCAGGGUGUUCGACGAAAUGCCCGUCCGGGAUGUAGUCUCCUUCUCGGGGCUACUUACGGCGCGCCUCAAAAACAACCAGCUGGACUCCGCGCGCAUGGUGUUCGACCAGAUGCCACAUCGUGAUGUUGUUUCUUGGACUGCCAUGAUCUCUGCCUAUGCCAGGGCUUCGCGUCUAUAG